GGCAGCAGGUCCGGCUUCCAGACCGACAGCAGCAUCUCGAGCGGCCGUCUCGGCGACAGACGCGAGCUCCAGCGAUGGGAUGCCGGAGACGCCACCGGCAAUGGACUUGUCGAUGGCGGGCUAGAGGACUCUACAGACAGCCACAAGCCCUGGGACCAGUUUGCUGUCAAUGAGAAGAAAUUUGGCGUCCAGUCCGACUACGAUGAGAACCUCUACACCACCCCCCUCGACCGCAGUCGUCCUGAUUAUAAGGACGCCGUCGCGCGUGCCGACCGACUGGCUCGCAAGAUCGAGGGCAGCAACGCCACCUCCGCACAUGCCGCCGAGGAGCGCAUGAUGGACCACGUCGCACAGGGCGAUGAUGGUGCUGAUGAAGAGGACAAAUACAGCGGUGUCAAGCGAGCGGACUUCCCGCCUCUCGGCAGCCAGGCUACGAACAAGUACACGCCGCCAGCACGACGAGCGCCGACCGGAUCCGCUACCGUCAAGGGCGCCCCUGUUGAUCCGGCCAUCAUCUCAUCGCAGCUGCGAGCUGCCCCAAACAACACGAGCAGUAGACAGACGACGUCCAGGCAGGACGACACCAAGAGCCCUGUCAACAGCAACAAGGCCCCCCAGCCCCAGAAGUCCUCAGAGACCACCAAGCCUGCCGAGCCCACCAGCAAGGAGGAGGCCAAGCCCGUAGAGGGCGCAAUCAAAGCCCAGUCCGACGUCAAACCAGCCGAAAAGCCAACCGCAGCCCUGCGGUCGUCCCUCACCGUCACUCGAAAUGGCGCGGUUGCCGCCAAAGAGAACCAACCAAUAGAGAAGGAGGUUCUCGCGGCUUUCAAGUCAUUUGGUGAUACACAGCGGCAGAUCCAGAAGGGCAAGGAGAAGGCUGCCAAGAGCAAGAAGCUGGAUGAGCUCAAGGCGUUUGCGGCCAAGUUCAAGCUGGGCACGCCCGUGCCCAAUGACCUGAUCGGCAUCAUCGCCAAGGACCCCAAGAAGCAGCAGGAGAUUCAGGACAAGGCUCGCAAGAACGCCGAGGAGGUGCAGCGUGCCAAGGACGAGGCCAAGAAGGUCGAUACAAAGACCCAACAGGGCGUUGCUGCCCCCAAACCGGCGCAGUCCAAGUCGUCGGAGCACGUGCCCGCUUCUUCGUCUGGCACUGAGACUCCUGCCUCGGCAACCGAGAGCCGGACCACAUCCCGUCAGGGUCCUGCGCAGCCACAGCACGCGAGUGCUGGCAGCGCUGCGGGCGCCAACCGCCACCCUGGCAAUCGUCAGUCUUACACUCCAGGCUCGUACCAGCAGCAGUACCGCGGCGAUCGUGGACAAGGCCAGAACCUACCACGCCACAACCAGCAGGGCAGCCAUCUGGCACAGCACCUGCGCAAUGGCGAGCAGCAGAGGAUGAUGCAGCAACCCCACCGCAUGGCGCCAGACGCGCGCAUGCCUCCCACCGGACCAGCCGCCAACAACAUGGGCCCAGCCUUUCCACCCCGCCACGCCGGCGUCCCGCCAGGUCACAUGGUCCCAGGUCCCAGGCUGAAUCCCAACACACAAGAGUUCAGGCCCAAUGCGCAGCCCUUUAUCCCCGCAGGACCCAGUGCUGCCUCGAGCCCCCGCUCAGCAAUGAACAAUGUGGCUGUUGACCACCACCAGCAGACCGCCACCCCGCCUGUCCUGACCGUUGUCAUCCGCCGCAAGAUUAAGCCGAUCGACAUCAAGAAGUGCUUCAUCCUCAGCCACGUCCAGUCAUUCAAGGCACCUCAGACGAACAAGCCCGCGUGGGAGGAGAAUGGUGGGCUGCGGCCGGCGUUCGACACGCUGCCGACGUGGAAGUCCAUUCGGGAAGAGGACAGCAAGGAUAAGAUCAGCUACAAGCAACUCUUCGACCGACCACCAUAUACUACCACGAUGGCCACGCCCAACCCGGCCCCCGUGGUACCUCAGAUACCGCACCAGCACCAGCUCCCCUUCCACCUGCAGCAGGGGGCACAGAACGCGGGUCCUCGGCAGUCGCCACACAUGCCACCCAUGCAGAUGCACGGCGGUGGUCACCCUGCUCAUGGUCCUCAUAUGCCAUUUAACAACGGCGAGGACGGCACCAGGAUGAUGCACUCGAACUCGGCACAGUCGUACGCAUCUCCGCGACCAGGACAGGUCCCGAUGGCCUAUCCUAACAUGAUGAACUCACCUUCUCAUAUGCCCUACUCGCAGCCUGUCAUGCCUGGCUUCAUGGGCCCCGGCGCGCCACCGAUGGGAGGCCCGCAGAUGCGCAACUUUACGCAGAACCCACAAUACAUGCCACAGCAGCAUGGACAGAUGGGACCGCCCAUGAUGAUGGGGCCAGGCUACAUGGCGGCCCCCUCGCCCAUGAUGCAGGGCACCCCGCAGAUGCCGAUGGCCUACCCAGGGGCCCACCCUAACUUUGUGCCUCCCGGACCCGUACCUCCCCAGGCCAUGCAAGGUGCCAACGGAUACCCGAGCCCCGGACGGCCAGCUGCUCCGAUGAUGGCGCAUCAGGGCUCCCAGCAGGGUCAGCACAUGUACGGGAUGAGCCCCGGUGCCAUGCCUCAGUACCAACAGCCCGUGUUCACGCCUCAGCAGCCAGGCCAAAUGGGUAACAUGAGAGUACACAACAACCCUGGACCCCAGCAGCUCGUCGGCACGAGUCCCCAGCAGGUGCACCAACACGGACCCCAGCACCGAGGUAACAACUUU